AACGCACACGCUUCGCCAGUGCCUAGUGGAACAGAGACCAUAGUACACUCCCCUACAGUGCCAGCCACCGGAGAGAGGGAGAGGGAGAAGCAGCCAUGCGGUGGUGCUACGUGGGGAAGGCGACCAAGAUCUUCUUGGUGGUCGUGGCUGCGCUCGCCGUCGUCGGUCUCAUCGUUGCCGUCGGCGCCGUCAUCCACCGCGCCAAGUCCCAUCGCAACUCCGGCGCCGCCUGCGCCACCGCCACCGGCGGGUGUCAGCCAGUCCCGCCCGGGACCGUUAGCCAACAGCCAUCCAUGCCUUCCACCGCGGUCACCGCUCCGCCGCCGCCGCCAAAUCCCACCUUUCCUGCGCCGGAAACCCCCUUGCCGCCGCCUCAGCCCCCUCUGCAACCGCCGACAGCACCAAUUGCGUCGCCCUCGCCGGCCACAUUUGCGUCCCCGCCGCCUCCGGACGUGCUGGUGCCGCCUCCACCAGCAAUCGCGCCACCGGCGCCGGAAUUGGCGUCACAGCCGCCUCCGACUGCGCUGGUGCCAUCGCCACCAGCAAUUGCGCCACCGGCGCCGGAAAUUGCGUCACAGCCGCCUCCGGCUGCGUUGGUGCCGCCGCCGGCAUUCGCGUCACAGCCGCCUCCGGUCGCGCUGGUGCCGCCACCGCCGGCCCCGGAUGCGCCGAGUCCGACGUCGUCCUGACGCAUGUCGCUGAUUCUUGACUAUUGAUGACUCGAUCUCAGAGCAGAUUCAGGUUUUAGCGCACUGAUUAAGGUUCAGGACAUGGAA